UCAAAUUAAGUUUAAUCAUUAAUGUUAUAGAAUUUUUCUAAUUUUAAUCUUUAAACUCCAUUUUUAAAGCCUUAAUAGCCGUUAACAUGGUAUAUGGAGGCAUUUUUUAAAGGUGUGCAGACUUUAGAAUGAAAGUUUAUGGACACUCUGACCCCAGGUGUCAUGAACCACUGUACUAGGCUAUAGUAGGCUGUCCUCUGUCUCAUUCUUUGAAUUAGCUGUAGCUUCUGAACUAAUCAUUUUAUUAUUAGCUGCCCAGUUUAACUAGACUGCAGACGUGCUUUUUUAACUGACUGUUGCAUUUACUGAAUUUUACAAAAUUAGCCAAAUCCUGGCACAUUUGAAUGGAACUUUUUGUUGGUACACUGGAGAGUUGAUGCUCUUUGUCACAGGAAACCGUGAAUCGACGCCCCCGGUUGACCAAAAUCAGCGCAUCCUAUCGUCUGAUUGCGAACGAGCAAGCUGUCAUAGCUGCUCCGUGCACACCCGGAUCACUGAAAACAACAACAACAACACACUGUCUCUCUUUACGAGGACUUUAAGGCGACACACCGCCGCCUCUUUCUCUGUUUUGUGGGAUGCUCGGGCGCGCAUCGGAGUCACCGCCAUUACAUCAUCUAUUUCCACACAGCCGAACACGAAAUGGGAGGUUUUAAUAUUUAAACGGGAUCCCAGGCAUUUAGCCCGAACAGAAGACGCCCCACUCUUCGGUAAAGACACUGUGAGGAUUAUAAAGUAUGAUGGCGUUUCAAUGAACGGGGAGGAGAGGAGGGGGAGAGGAGGAGAGACGUGCACCGUCAUCAGCAUCUGUCCGCUAGCUCCCUUUGUGUUCACCGGAGAAUGUGAAUGGCGAAAGAUGACAUGGCAGAGGUAGAUUUGGCAUCAAACGGAGCAGAACCCCCCGGUGAGGCCUCCUCGGCGUUUCCCUACGAGGAGUACGAAUGUAAAAUCUGCUACAAUUAUUUCGACCUUGACCGCCGAGCUCCUAAGAUCCUAGAGUGCCUGCACACGUUUUGCGAGGAGUGCCUGAAUACGCUUCACCUCCGGGAGGAGCGGCCAUGGCGCAUCAGCUGCCCUGUCUGUCGCCACCGGACUCCAGUGCCGGAAUAUCGGAUACAAAACCUGCCAAACAACACCAAGGUGACAGAGGAUUUUCCGCUCUACAUCGACUCGGAUCCUCUGCCCCAGGACGCUUUACCGCCCUACCCUCCCCCGCUGCACCCAGCUCUUGUCGCUCUUCGCCGGGAGGAGGCGUCGGGGACGUCCAGCGCCAGCCAGGCGACGCCGUCCACCACCGUGUCCACGGCCACGACCCUCUCCCAGGACUCGGUGCGCUACGACAGCUGUCAGAGCUGCAAGAGAGUGGCGCUGACUACCGGCUGCGUCUGCGUGAUCUUCUCCUUUCUGUCCAUGCUGGUGUUGCUGUUCAUGGGCCUGAUCUUUGUGCACAGUCACAGCAUUCCUCCCUCGCCGGCGGGACCCAUUUGCUUGUCGUUAGCCAGCAUCCUGGCCAUGUUCUCCGUGGUCGUCACAUGGCUCAUCUGCUGGCUCAAAUACAGACCGGACCAUGAGACAGGCCGCUCAUCCGCCACCAGUAAUUCGCGGAGGAACGCCUGAUAGGCUCUCUGACUACUGAUGGAGAUGCUCUGGUGUGGGUGUGUGAUCAUGUACAUAGUAUUGGCAACUGAUAAUCCUGCUCCCUUUACUUCUUUUUUUUUAUAAAUACAUCUUGUCCAAAAUGGCCUUUUAUCAGUAUAGCAAACACCCAAAGGCCUUUAUGCUGUUUGGAGCAAUAGGCCAACAUGACCCUUGAUAAUGUUUUCCUUAAGUCGUGCACUUGAAUUUGCAGUAGGCCCAGUUGACUGGGAAUCCUGAUGAGUGAACUUAAAAUUUAGACCCCAGUGUCUGAGUUGUGGUUGGAUAGUUUGAUGGCUGAAUGUGUAGUGCUAAUGUCCAGGGUUUGAUACCAUCCCUAACCUUAUCCUGCUGACUAAUAUGCAUAUCCCACUCACUGUACCACUCACUGUAUGAUAACUGUCCAUGGUGAUUCACUCUUAUAUCUCAACAAAGCACUAUUGUAUUGUACAAAUAUUUGGCAAUGUUCACUUUGAGGUUUCAGGCAGUAGAGUGGCUUUUAUGGAGGCUUCUAUGUUAUGUGAGAAGCCUCUGACAUAUCAUUUAGUUACAAAGAAUCCACAAUCCAAACUGUAAAUAGUCCACAGAGAAGGAGUGGAUGACCUUCCUGAUCCCUGUGCUUUAACCAGUCCUGCAGGAUGGCACUAUUUACAUUGUCAUAAUGAAAACUCUUCCAGGCAAAGGUCGUACAAAGAAAGCUUCUGAUUUUGACCAUGUGUUUGGCUACUUUUGUGCAUGUUAGACUACUGAAAGGUCAAGGCUUUUUGUUUUUAAUUGUGUACUAGAAGGGACAGUGUUUCCUGAAUUGUGUGCCUCACUUCAUUGCUGAAUGAAGCAAAACUACACUGUAAUCACCGGCCUCCCGCCACUGAUAGCAUCCAGCAGGGAAUUCCUCCUCCUGUCACAUCAUUUACACAUCGGAACUUGAAAAUGGGGUUUCCAAGAUGGAGCACCUUUUUAUACUUAAAAAAUGUGAGGUUUUUGUAUCUGGCUUUGAAGGAAGGUCAAAGAGAGAUGUAUUUAUAGUCUAAGUAUUAAAUAGAAUUCAGGCUUAAGUCCAUCUUCAGCUGCUUCCAUGUUCAAACUCAUUCCUCUGCUUCCCUCAAAGCCACAUACGAGAGUCUAGUGAUAUAUCUUUACAGGUCAGACAUAGUGAAAAAACCUGGAUCUGGUUCCCCAGAGGCUGUCAGGAGCCAUAAUUACCUCUGGAAACCUAAAGAUCCCCAUGAGUUGUAGCUGAGAUUAGAAUCUUCUUUAUACAGUUAAUCCCUUCACAAACUUAAUGCAAAUAUAAAACUUUACCAAGCUAAAAGUUCAUAUAACUAGCUUUAUAUCUUUUUUUUUUAACCUCAGAUGUGCACUGUCAAAACAAAAACACUGAAUUGACUUUUCAGUGAAAUCAGCUUCAGACAAAGCAAUGCAAUCAAAUAAAGCUAAAACUCAAGGGCCUGUAGUGGGCAGACUUCUUAUUAUGAAUGUUACUGUGAACUGUUGGUAAAUUCUGUGUAUGUAAUUCUUGCUACAAUCUAUACAAUUAUUUAUUUCUAAUUCUUGAAUAUGGUUAAAAGUGAUAUUUUAUUUGUGCUGCAGUGUAAAGCCCUCAUACUGACAAAUCUGUUGUGGUCCAUGGAGCAUGUGAAUCGCACUCCUGUGUUAUGUCCCGGCUCCCAGACCUUCCUGACUCUGUUUUAGUGUAGAAUUUGGACAUUAAACCAAGUGCUUGCCCUUGCACAAUCAUGGUAUCCCUACCUCACCGCACGAGGACAAAGCAAAGAACAGUUCUACAUGAUUCUUAACCCCCCACCACAUCCAGUUCGAUUCUAAUGCUUGCUUCAAUCAUUUGGUUCAGUCUUUUCCCAAUUUCUUGAUGAUGCACUUUCACCCUCUUAUUUGACACAAAUAACGGGGUAUACCUUUGACAAAUGUAAGCAUAUUGUAUUUCUUUCAGAGGACCUAGAAGAUGUUGGUUUUUAUGAGAAUCUGUGGUUGUUGUUAAAGUAGAACAUGUAAUUGCACAGAGAAACAUUCUUUAUGUGCUGUUUUACAUACAUAAACACAUUUCAGUAAUAAAGAAAACAUGAAUAAUCGUUGCACUCAUUAUUUGUCUCAGCAGUGAAACCAGCUGCUGUAAGAAAAGCCCGUUACCAAGGCUGUGUUUUUCUCACGCCUUAUCUUACAUAAUGAUUGGUAAUAAACUCAACAUGAUUCAACUUGACAUAUUUAGCAUCUUGCUGUGCAGUACAAACGCCCCCUACUGGAGGACAAAGGAUGCUGCAUGCUCUAAAAAGAGAAAUCCCACCGCCCGAUUCAACUUGGUUGCAUUUCUCAUGUAGGUCUGGUGGCCAAAGCUUGAUUGAAAGUAAAUAUUUUUUUUUUAGUGCGGACUGGAUGCUGAUGUGCUGUUUAAUAUAAAUGUGUCUUACGUGUUUACCUGUCCAUACAAGGCUCCCUGUAUAGUUGAAAUAAAUAAAUGAAGCUAUUCAGCAGUAAGAUUUUCACUCAAACAAACAGAUUAGAUAAAAACCUGUGUGGACCAUUCACCAUCUAAUGACUGGCUGCUAUUUACGACUUACAUCAAGUAUUAAAUAGGUGUUCUCUGCCCCAUAACUUAAUGCUGUCAUACAGUAAAUUCCUCUAAUAAUACAGUCCCAACCUUUCUCUCAUACCCUCAUCACCAUGUAAACAAAGCUGUUAACUGGUCAGUUCCGUGCACAGCACUAAAACCUAUUGUAUCAUAGUCUGGCUGCGUUUCUCAGCUAUACUAGACUGAUUACUCUGCAAAACAGCCGUGACAACAAACCACAUCACACCUGUUUUUGUAAGGAUGCUGGGCUAAUGGUUUUUAACAGCUCUCCUCGGACAUUCAGCUUAAAAAAACUUUCAAAUGAACUUACACUAUAAAACACGCAACAAACCGAAACAUUUAAAAAAUAGUAGGUCUAAGUGUAGGCCUACGAGUAGUCUAUUUUUAAAAAGUUAAAACGAUGUUAGUCUAUAAAGAAAUGUGACUAACC